AUGCUGCUGCUGCUGCACAGAGCUGUGGCCCCGGGCCUGAGACAGGCCUGCAGACUCAAGUCUACCCACUCAAGGCUCUGCAUUCAGGCCUGCUCUACCAACGACUCAUCUCAGCAUCAGUGCCCCAGCCUUGCCUUCUCUACAGAGAACUCCAGCACCAGGGGAUGGAGAGUCAUGGGGACCCUGUUGGGCCUCGGUGCGGUGUGGGCCUAUCAUGACCAUCGUUGCAGGGCUGCUCAGAAGUCACCACACAUAUACACCAGAGAGGAAGUAAAAUCCCACUGCAGCCCCGAGACUAGGAUCUGGGUGACUCUGGGCUCUGAGGUCUUUGAUGUCACAGACUUUGUGGACCUGCACCCUGGGGGCCCGUCAAAGCUGAUGCUAGCAGCUGGGGGUCCCCUAGAGCCCUUCUGGGCCCUCUACGCUGUUCACAACCAGUCCCACAUACGCGAGAUCCUGGCUCAAUACAAGAUCGGGGAGCUGAGCCCCGAAGACAAGAUGCCACCCGCCUUGAAGACCUCUGACCCUUACGCGGAUGAUCCUGCACGUCACCCAGCUCUGAAGGUCAAUAGCCAGCGCCCCUUUAAUGCAGAGCCCCCUCCUGAGCUGCUGACAGAAACCUACAUCACCCCAAACCCUAUCUUCUUCACCCGAAACCAUCUGCCUGUACCAAACCUGGACCCGGACACCUACCGCCUGCAUAUAGUAGGACCACCUGGGAGAAAGCCACUGUCCCUGUCCCUGAAGGACUUACACCAGUUCCCCAAGCACGAGAUCACGGUCACUCUGCAGUGUGCUGGCAACCGGCGCUCCGAGAUGAGUCAGCUAAAAGAAGUCAGAGGCCUGGAGUGGAGAACAGGCGCCAUUAGCACUGCACGCUGGGCUGGGGCCCGACUGUGUGAUGUCUUGGCCAAGGCUGGUCACCAACUCCGUGCAACGGAGGCCCAUGUCUGCUUUGAGGGCCUGGACUCGGACCCCACAGGGACUGCCUACGGCGCCUCCAUCCCUCUGGCGCGGGCCAUGGACCCUGAAGCCGAGGUCCUGCUGGCCUAUGAGAUGAAUGGGCAGCCUCUGCCUCGUGACCACGGCUUUCCCGUGCGGGUGGUGGUUCCCGGGGUGGUGGGUGCCCGCCAUGUCAAAUGGCUGGGCAAAGUGAGUGUGGAGCCGGAGGAAAGUCAUAGCCACUGGCAGCGGCGAGAUUACAAGGGCUUCUGUCCUUCCGUGGACUGGGACUCUGUAGAUUUUGACUCUUCUCCGUCUAUUCAGGAGCUUCCCGUCCAGUCAGCCAUCACAGAGCCCAAGGAUGGGGAGAUGGUAGAGGCGGGGGAGGUGACUGUCAAGGGCUAUGCGUGGAGCGGCGGUGGGAGGGCGGUGAUCCGGGUGGAUGUGUCUCUGGACGGGGGCCUCACCUGGCAGGUGGCUGAGCUGGAUAGAGAGGAACAGCGCCCCCGGAAGGCCUGGGCCUGGCGGCUGUGGCAGCUGCAAGCCCCUGUUCCACCUGGGAAAAAGGAAUUGAACAUUGUCUGUAAGGCCGUAGAUGACAGCUACAAUGUGCAGCCAGACACCGUGGGCCCGAUCUGGAACCUGCGAGGCGUGCUCAGCAACGCCUGGCACCGUGUCCAUGUCCGUGUUGCCUCAUGA